UGUGAACAAGAGGCAAAGCUUCAUUCCACAGCGAAGCGGCUUGUUUCUGCGCUGGAGCGACGCAGGACCAGCUCAAAGAGCCCCACACGGAACCCGCACACCCCUAGGCCAACAACCGAAUUCGGGAUCUUCAGACCAAAGAUGCUACCCUGGGCCAUUCUUGUGAUGUCCUUCUUAUUGGAGCCCUACCUAUGUGAUUUUAAAAGUGUAGAUUCUCUGUAUAUUGUUGAGGACCCAGUCAACAACCCAGAAGCAGACAGACUGCUGAACAAGAUCCGAUACGUCGCCCGGAGCUGCAAAGAGCUCAAAGAAAAAUAUGAAGUUCAUGACGAUGGGCUGUAUUACCUCACUACCACAAAUGGAAUUCUGUACGAGGCGUUCUGUGACAUGACCACGGCGGGUGGGGGCUGGACACUGGUGGCCAGCGUCCAUGAGAAUAACCUGUAUGGGAAGUGCACUCUGGGGGAUCGCUGGUCCAGCCAGCAGGGCAGCAACCCCAAUCUGCCGGAGGGGGAUGGAACCUGGAGCAACAAGGUUACGUUUGGGUCUCCUGAGGCUGCCACCUCUGAUGACUACAAGAACCCCGGGUAUUAUGACAUCACAGCGGAAGACGUGUCCGUGUGGCAUGUUCGGAACAAUGCAGAGAUGAAAGAAUGGAUCGCCAAGUCCAUCUUGCGCUACCACACAGAGACCAGCUUCCUGACUUUACAGGGAGGAAACCUCUACCAGCUGUUCAAGCGCUACCCUGUGAGAUUCAAUGCGGGCGCAUGCAACACUGACAAAGGCCCAACUGUUCCUAUAGUGUACGAUUUUGGGAAUGGAGAAACUACUGCAAAUCUGUAUGGCCCAAACGCAAGGGGGGAGUUUACUGCAGGUUUUAUCACUUUCCGAGUCUUCAACAAUGAGAGGGCAGCUAUGGCCAUCUGCUCUGGAGUCAGUCCCAGGGGAUGCAACACAGAAACUGUAAGACUGCUUAUAGCAUGUUGUGCUUUAUAGGACAUGCAUAUGACUGCUUAUAGCAUGGCGUGCUUCAUAAGACAUACAUAUGACUGCUUAUAGCAUGGUGUGCUUCAUAAGACAUACAUAUGACUGCUUAUAGCAUGGUGUGCUUUAUAAGACAUACAUAUGACUGCUUAUAGCAUGUUGUGCUUUAUAGGACAUGCAUAUGCCUGCUUAUAGCAUGGCAGGAUUUUUAAGACAUACAUAUGACUGCUUAUAGCAUGGUGUGCUUCAUAAGACAUACAUAUGACUGCUUAUAGCAUGGCGUGCUUUAUAAGACAUACAUAUGACUAUAUCUAAAGCAAAGUGUUCAUUGGAGUGUAUAAUAAUGGCUAGGUAUGAUUACUCUAAGUUAGAACUAAGGAAUAACUGGCUUGUUCAUUGUGCACAGUUCAUUUAAACAGAAAGCUAUUUCCCUAUGUGCUCACCACUACUUUAAAUUAGGAAAUAUCUGAAUUAUAAAGUAAGCUAGAAUUUCUUAAUAAGAGAUAUUUGUUUGAAAACAAACUGCCCACGUCUACUACUGUUGGGAAGUUUGAUUCAUUAAACUGAAUCAGUAUGUUUGAGUCAGUUCA